AGCACCCUAGAGCUACAACUGGUAAUACUUUCAGCUCCUCACCUGUUGCUCACAGAAUUCAGUUCAAGUACAUUUGAAAACCUGUUGAUCUGUAAAUUAUAUCAAUACAACAGUGGAUCUGAAUCUUAACUGGAGCUCUGGACCAUGGUCAGGCAAACCGGCUGCACUAUGAGCAUCUCUUCAAGUGUCAGCACACAGAGCCAGCUGCCUGCCGCGUGGAGUACACACUACACCAGCACUGAUGGGUCUACAGCAGGGAUCCUGGGGAGGAUGUGGCAGGAAACCCAUCCUCAGUUGUGGUCCAAGUUCCAGGUGUGGGAGUGGCUGCAGCAAACCUUCGACGUUCACCAGCUGGAUGCCACCUGCAUCCCCUUUCAGAACUUUGACAUUGACGGAGGCCAGCUGUGCACCAUGAGCCUGCAGGACUUCACCCGGGCUGCCGGUAGCAUGGGCCAGAUACUCUACCACAGUCUGACCGAGCUCAAGUGGAAUGGUCAUUGUGGAAAUGAACUCUUUUCACCAGUGGAUAUUAAAACAGAAAUUGAUGAACUACCAUGUAUGCUGCAUCCCUUUAAGGAAGACAGCUGUUUCUAUGACUGUACAAACACAGAUCUCUUAGACAUCAAAGCGCCCUAUCAGGCUUCAAUGGGUCAAAGCACAUCGAAUCCAGUUACUCAGGUUCCAGAAGUGAAGAGGAAACUCAACAGACCACAGGAAGGGCAGUUUAAAAAACAUAACCCACGAGGGACACACCUAUGGGAGUUCAUCAGAGACAUCCUUUUGAAUCCAGAACGGAACCCAGAUCUGAUAAAUUGGGAGGAUCGUACAGAGGGGAUCUUCCGCUUCCUCAAAUCAGAGGCUGUUGCUCAGCUCUGGGGCAAGAAGAAAAACAACAGCAGCAUGACGUAUGAGAAGUUGAGCCGAGCAAUGAGGUACUAUUAUAAGCGGGAGAUUCUUGAACGUGUGGAUGGAAGGAGGCUUGUCUACAAAUUUGGGAGGAAUGCACGGGGGUGGAGGGAAUCUGACAAGUAAUAUAGCAAGUUAUGCCUUCAUUUGUUACGAUAUUAAGAUGUAAAAAAAUAGAUAUUUUAUUUAUAACCUUGGUAUCAUGCAGCUAUUUGUUAAUAUGAAGAAGCCUUACUUGCUUUUUUUGAGAUUUUUUUUACUUGUGUUUAUAGGCAAAUUAUUAUUCAAGUGUGAAACUUGGCCCAGUUGACUGUAUUGAUCCAAGUGUAAAACAGAAUGCCACACUCUGCUCAAGUUACAAAAUCCUCCAGUGAUGGCAGUCUGGGUAAUACGUAAUAUGAGCAUUCCAUAGUAAGCGCUCACCGCCAUCUCUACAUUGACCACAUUUCACAGUUGAAGUUUUUCUCCAUUGGAAUUUUCACUUUACAAAUCACUGUUAGUUUUCCUUGCUCUUGGUCUUACUUGACCAGUGAUUACAUUACAUGUUUGUUUUCUAAGUAUGAGAACACACAUUUCUAGUUUGUUUUGUAUGACUUGGACAAGCUGGAAUCUAGGUCACCUGCCAGUAUAAUCUGCAUGUACUGACCACUGUCUGAUGUCUCCUCCUUACAUUUGAAUAACCUGCCUUCGGUCUGCUAAACAGGACCUUAUCUGUUUUACUAGCUGGCCCACUCCUCCUUAUUUGCUAGGUUGAAUGAACUUUAAUGUUGGUUGUUAUGCUGUUUUGAAAACAACUGUUAUAGCAUGAAUUUUCCUUUUAAAAAAUAUAUGUGCUAUCAGAUUUUAUAUUAAAACUAUUAGAGGUGUGCCAAUAGUUCAUGUAUUUUAUGAGUAAUUCCCUUUAAGAAGUUUCAGGUUAUUAGGAUUUUAUAUAAAUGAAUUAAAACAUCCCUCGGUUGGCCUUUACACAAUUAUUUAGUACCAAUGACAAAAAAUCUGACACGUGAUUUUAUAUAUAUAUAUAUAUAUAUAUAUAUAUAUAUAUAUAUACCCUGUAAUUUGUUUUAUAAGUUAAUACGUCAAGCGUAGGGUCUCUUAUUGUAUAAAGGCUGCUACACAACAGACGUGAUGCGACAAGCGAAACUGUGCAACGAUGCGACAAAAUUAAUUGACCCUAUACUUUUGAUAAGUAUCUUUCACACCACAGGCGACAAUAUGACAGACGACGCGGGGGCAACACUGCAGCGACGCAAAAUAAAUAGAAUUGAAUCGUAUUUUUGGCGAUUUGUUGUGCGACAACUAGGAAAUUGACUAAUCAGAGAACAGAUCCAGCAGGGUGAAGCAGUAUCCAAAAUGACACAGUAAAAAAUAAUACUUGCCGUGGAAUAAGCCUGUUAUGUAGGAUUUAUUGCCAUAUAUGUUGCAAUGAGUGUAUGGUCAUGUCGCAGCGAAAGUAUCUUGUCGCCCAGUGAAAAAUCUUAUCGCGUCUGGAGUGUGGGGGGCCUUAAGAGAUGUUAUGGUCCUGGCGAGAAGACUGGGAAGCUGAGCAGUUCUGGUUGCCCUUAUGGAAAUGUAAUAUAUACAAAAUAUAUUUUUGAAAAUAUGUUAAGUAGAAAAUACACAUUUUAAAAUAUAUGUUACAAUAUACUGCUGUGUUUUCCUGGUAAAUAUAUUGCUAUAUGUUGUAACAUAUAACAAUAUGUUUUAAAAUAUGCACAUUAUUGUCAUUUUAAGAUAUACAUAUAUUCGCAACAUAUAUAUAUUUUUUUUAAAUAUGCAAAUUAUAUAUCAAUAUAAAUACAAAUAUAUUGCAGUAAAUAUAUUGCAAUAUAUUUGUAUUUAUAUUGAUAUAAAUAUAUUACAGUAUACGGCAAUAUAUAUUUAGAACAUCAGUAUUGCAAUUUACACCUUGUUUGUUUUUACUCAGUUUCAGGGAAUACAGCUUCUUUUCAUCCUGAGACUGAUGUAUUUAUCUUGUAGCCACUACAAUAUAUUUUAUAUAUAUAUAUUAUUUUAAAGGUAAACAAAUGACAUUCUCAAAUAUACGUAUAUACUUAAAUUUCUUAUAUGAUUUUACACAACUGAAAAUGUAUUUGGAAAAACAUACAAACUGUAAAUAUAUUCUCAAGCAUAUUUUAAAUAUAAUAUAGGAAAACAUAUUUUGUACUGCAUAUAUUUUCCAGUAUACUGAAACAUAUGUCAACAUAUUUCCCCAAUAUUUUGCAGUAUAUUUAAUUUCCAUACUGUUCAAAAUUUACCCUAAGAGAUGCCUUACUCACGACAUUUAAAUCACUUAUUGUAAAUCACACAAAUGAAGACUGUACUCAGGAAUAGCUUUAAAAUGAAAAAAUAUUUUUUCUUUUUGUAAAACUUUUAUUCACCCCUCCCCCUGUCAUGAAAUGGUUCUGUCCCUGACUCAUGCAUGUAGGGUGCUGAGUCCUAGUGAGGGUUUUUAUUAGAAACAAAACUGCAGUGGGAGAAAUGUGAGAAAUAUUUUCAUCAAAGUCCAUCAAAAUUUAGAAAGAGUGAAGUUAAUAGGAUGGUCCAUAUUACAAAACGUACCAGGUAUGUGUGUCUUUUUUGAUUUGUUUAGAUUUUUGAAAACUGGAAUUAGAUGUGGCGUUCUAUGCACUGGAUGACAUCUGUUCACAAGAUAAGAUGUACUGGAAUUUUGGCAAAUACUUCACUGUGAUUGGUUGAUUUCUGAUAUGUGGUUUGUAAUAGUUUUUUAAGACAAAUUGCACUAUCCCUUUAAAUAGUUUGUACAGUGCUAAAUGAUAUUGAAGCCGACAGAGAACACUUUUAAACACAGUAUAAUACAAUAGUUGUUUUGUGGGAGAUGUUUGUAAGAAAAGCUUCUUUGUUUACAAAUAUAAAAUGUCCAUGAUCUUGUCUGUCUUGCAGCACAAGCAGAAACAAAAAGUUUAGAGGCUCAAUACAUUCAAUCAAAGUAGCAAAAAGUUAAACACAUUUGACUCUUUUAUGUCUGAUAUGAAUCAGUAUAAUGUUAGUGGAUGAAUUAACAGUAAGUGCUCCCAUGUCUCUUGUGUAUGAAUACAUACAAUACAGUGAGGUGCAUACUUUACAAUUAGACUAUUCAAUAGAAGAGAUAGGAUUUCCCUUGUAAUAGUUUCCGAUGAGCCGCCAUGUUUCUACUGUGCAUAUACCUUGAUUUACCAUGGUUUUUAUCAAGAUUAAGAAUAUGUACUGUAUUUAUAUUGUGUGUAAAAUACUUUCACUAUGAUGCUUUCACUAGAAUUUAAAACAAUAAAUCAAUUAUUUUACCACGAUUCAUCAUAGCCAUAGUUCCAAACAGUCUGUCAUACAAUAUAAAAGCAACACUAAAAGUAAGGCUAGUCCCCUCAUACCCAUGUUAGUAUUAAAUAAUAGUUAUCAUCGUUUCUUUUGGUACUUUUUAUAACUCACAUAUCUGAAAUGUUAAUCCCAGCACACUGUAGGUUCCCAUAUUAAAUAUUUUGACAGCAUUGGAAACUAUUAGAAGGCUAUCACUGGAACUGGCCAUGGACUGAAGGGAAAUCCAAACAUGGAGGAAUCUAUUAAAGUACUUUCUACAUCUGCAAUUGUACUUGUACGCAAUCACUGUACUUUGGAUAAAUGUCAAACCCUAAGUUGCUUUUGCAUGUGUCUUGUCUCAGCACAUGAGUUGGAGAGACACUGUCUGGCAUUAGUGUACAUUUCUGAAAAUGUCUUUCAUUCCUGUGUCACAUUUCCACAAGUACUGGAUGUGCAUCCUGGUCAUGUCAAGAAUGAAUCAUUCUCACAAGCAUCAUCUUUAUAGAAGUUCACUUCCUUCAGGAACUUGAUAGUACCCCACAUAAGCCCACAUACCGUCCUGCAGCAUUGCAUGCGAGUGUAAGGUUCAGGUCAAGUCUUGGCAGAAACAAGUCUGCAUAUAUUGAACUCUCUUUUUGGAUUUCUGGGCAUUUUAAAGUAAUUGUAGCUUACAAAAUAAUUUAAUAAAUGUAACCUGAUUUGCACUUCAAAUAGCUACACAGCUCUCAAAUGUGCAAUUUUGAUGAAAAUACACUCUAGCAAGCAUGUGUUUUUAAUUUGAAAACAUGAUAUCUGGCACUACUUUGGGUUAGACAGCUUUCAGUUUCUAUGCAUUAUUCUCUUGGGUCAUAUGGUCUCAGCAGUUCCUUCUGAGUCAAAACAUGUCAGUAAAUAUGGGGAAGCAGCUGGUUAGUUAAUGACAAGAAAGAAGCCAUUAAAAGGUUGGGAAUUGAAUCCUUUAGGUGAAAUGACCAAGACAGUGCACCUAAAAUCAUGGCUUGAGUUUCUUUCAGAACUUAGCAUUUGAGACAGAUACAGAUCUGGAAUGGGUUACCUAGUCAUGUUGUUGAAGCUUUAAGACCCAGCUUGACAAAGUUUUGAGGCCUCCAUUAGUAAAUGUGCUUAUAUUUGUAUAUUCUUAUAUUUGUAUGUUCUUAUGUAAUGUAAUGACUGGAAGUACACAACUUGUAAUAGUUAUGGAAUUAUUCUGUUAUUGCUUCAUAUUUUUGAAACCAUGCCCAGAUAAAGUAUCCCAUUCUGUCUUAAUACUUUCAGAAAACGAAACAUUUUUCAUUUGUAUACAGUGUAUCUAUUAAACCUAAGUUUGAAUGCUAGAACCCUUGUUAUCUCUGUUAGUGUGACCAAACCUAUUCAUUGCAAAGCCCAUACAAAGGUACAAUAUUACUUUUGAAAAUAUGAAAAAUAUGUGAUAUUGUAAAGAUAAAAAAUAUGCACAUGUAGAGAGUACAACGUAUUCCUUUAAAUGGAUGUACACAAUAAACGCCAGGCUAUAACUCACAUGUAACCUAUUUGAAAUCUCCAGAAAUGGCUGUUAAUGUAAAGUGUGGUAUUAGAUUGACAUGGCUUCUGGGCUGGGAUUAUGCACAGGUCCUUUCUAACUCUGUGAGGGCACUGCAAUGAUGGGAUGGUGGGGAAUUUGCUUUUUUUUUUUUUUUUUGGUAGCGAUUUUUUUUUGUGAGAAAUGUGAAUGCUAAAAAAAAAGAUUAAAAAAGGACUUGAAACUUAUUUAAUUUUCAAUAAAACAUAUAUUUUA